ACUGUUUUGUGUUCCGUCUUAAUAGCAGUUCAAACGUCCUUUGUGUGACCUCAACGCCCGAAAUCUGAAAUAAGUGAUCAAAAAAUACCGUAGAUUUCAAAUAAUUCAAAUAAUAAAAAAGUACAUUUUAUAUUAACCAAAACCCAAUCAAAAUGAGUGCAAAAUGUCCUGAUGAAUGUCCCCGUAAAUUUGUGGUUGGCGGUAAUUGGAAAAUGAAUGGAAGUAAAAAACAAAUUGAUGAAAUUAUAUCUUUUCUUAAGGCCGGACCUUUAGACUCUAACACAGAAGUCGUUGUUGGUGUUCCUGCGGUGUAUCUUGAAUAUGUCCGUAAUAAUCUUCCAGCAAACAUUGGAGUAGCUGGACAAAACUGUUAUAAAGAAGAAAAAGGUGCAUUCACUGGAGAAGUUUCACCACUCAUGUUGAAAGAUAUCAAUGUAGAUUGGGUAAUUUUAGGUCAUUCAGAAAGAAGGCAAAUUUUCAAAGAAACCGAUGAUUUAAUAGCUGAUAAAGUAGCAUUUGCUUUAGAAAAGGGACUUAAGGUCAUAGCUUGUGUAGGUGAAACAUUGGAACAGCGUGAAAGUGGCAAAACAGAGGAAGUUGUUUUUGCUCAAACACAAGCAAUAGCAAGUAAAUUGAAAGAUUGGACAAAUGUUGUAAUUGCAUAUGAACCAGUAUGGGCGAUUGGUACUGGUAAGACAGCUACUCCUCAACAAGCUCAAGAUGUUCACAAGGCACUAAGAGAAUACAUAGCUAAAAAUAUUGGAGCAGAUAUUGCAAAGAGUAUUAGAAUUCAAUACGGUGGAUCUGUUACUGGAGCUAAUUGUGUAGAAUUGGCAGCUAUGCCUGAUAUAGAUGGAUUUUUGGUUGGCGGCGCAUCUCUGAAACCAGAGUUUGUUAACAUCGUUAAUGCCAGACAGUAGAUGAUCAACUCGAGUGUUCCAACUAGUAUUCAAAAAUUUCUGUACAUUAAAUAUGAAAAAUAAGUUUAUGUAUUAAUUCUGUUGAUUAAAUCUUUUGUUAUGCUUCAGUAUUCUUUAGUCCAGUAUUUAAUAAUAAGAAAACAAGUAUUAAUAAAUGCAAAAACAUUUAUUCUUGGCAAAAUAACAUCAAUACAUUUCAAAUAAAUGACAAGAAGUAUGAUCACAGUUUAUGUUAAACAACAGUCGUAUUGUAUAUCUAAAAUUAUCUAUAAUACAAUUUUAGUUGCUUCACUUCAGAAGAAAAUAAAUCACAAUUAAUUGUAUACAUUUUUUGGUAUGCCUCCAUACAGUCAUUAGAAAGCAACUGUUCAUAAUAUUUAGUAUAGUACUGGAUAAAAGAAACUAAAUAAAAAUAUCAAAACUUGCAUUACUUUAA